CUACGGUGCCUGGCCGUCGAGGACAAUGGGGGCGAUGGGGCCGAGGAGAGGCCUCGCCUUGGCGGCCGUCAGGGGGAAUCGCUGGGCGAAGGGCGCGUCAUUGGCCACACCUGCUGCUGGAACCUCGGUGGUAUAGAUGAUGAUGCGGACUGCACGCAGCCAUGAGCACAGAAUCAGACAACAUGACAGCGUAAGGAUGUGUCAAGGGUGUGUUGUUCUUCUCGCUGUAACCUUACCAUUGAGGCCUGGAGGGACGGCCAAGAUAAUCCAUGCGAUGAAAGGAUCGUCCGACGAUGUCAGCACAUGCGACUGCCCACACCCCCCACCGACCAACUCCAAUGCCACCACAUCCGAGCAGUCGUCAAGGGGCGUGUGAGGCGGUCGAGUCAUCAUGCGGUCCAGAUGACCUCCACGUACACUCCUGAUGGACACACACACAUCCAUGUUUGAAAAGGACAACGAGCGACCUGCCGUCCAUUCACUCACCGGUCUACCACCACCGGUGCUGAUUGGGAGAUGCCGCCCACAACCGCCCUCCGGUGAACCAGCAUCAGCUCCUUCAGCAUGGAGCUCGCCGAUGAGAAAACGCCCCCGUUGUUGGCAGCGACCGUCGUCGUCCAGCCCACAUUAGGCUGCCACGUAAUGCGGCAGCGGACGGGCGGGUCGUAUGGCUUGGCGUGGUGGGUGAAGGGGUGCUGUGAGAAGGGAUGGAGGGGGCGGGUGGGGAGGGGGAGGGGCGGGUUGAUGACGAUGGCAAAGUUCGGCUCGUUGCGGAUGGCGCGAAUCUCGUUGUUGUUGUGGCGGAACAGCUCGAGUGUGCCGUCUUGCUGGCCAGUGGGGCGGCGGAGGGCCACAUGGCGGCCGACGAGCAGCCACUGCGCACAGAAACGGGGCAGCGAUGAGUAGUCCUGCAUUCAACACAUUCAACACAUACACACAUCCAUCAGCUCACCGAUUGCCUCUUCUCAUGUGUGUCGUGCUUACCGCCUUGGUGGCGUGUGUCUGCAGAUCUCCGGCACCCACAGUGACCGGCAACUGACAAUAGCCGAGAUGCUCAAAGAGUCUGAGCGCGCCCGCCGCCUCCCCCCAGCCGUCCUCGCCUCCCUCCUCCACCACCCACAUGGCCUUCAUCACAUCGCCGUGGCUCAGCUGAUCGUCGAACUCGACCACACCGCCCACCCCCGCCCGCUCGAUGGCCUUCCGCAGCCGAAUACGGCGGAUGAUGGGCCGCAGGGCGUUUCUGAAGUGGCGGGCUGUCGCCUUGAGUCGGGCGAUGCUGGUGAAGUCAGAUUGCGCGAGGACGAUACUCAUCGGCCCGGCGGGAAUGUCAGUCACGUGCAAUCGCUGAGCCUGACGACACACACAAAGACACACAGGCAGCUGUGUGGGUGGGUGGGUGGGUGGUCUCCCUCUCACCUGAGUGCGGGUGUGUGUUGUGAGUGCGAUGGCCGAGUCGAUGCUGUCCGCCAGCUGGGCCAGACGGGCCGAUUCGUUGGCGAGUUGACGACUGACAUUGGCCACCGUCUGACGAAUGAAUCAAGCACACGAGAGACCAUGACACAGAGGCCUUUGUGCUGUCAUCGUGUGGCAGUCUGUCCGCACCAGUGAUGUGAUCGCAGCGGCGUCCAUCUGAGUGAGUCGGCCGGUGCAAUUGUUGACCUGCACACCACAGCACACACAAAUAACACAAAGCAGCCGAUGAGCAGUGGAUGCACUGAACGUGAGUGUGUUGGUUACCUACCCGCGCCUGAUUGGUCUGAUAGGCUUGAAUCUUUGCCAGCAGCUGCUGCCGCAUCGCCGCGGUUGACGUCUGCAGCAGACGUCACAUGGCAACCAACACAUUGUCAAUCAGAUACAGCCCCGUCGUGCUCUGCUUGGCUCCUCUUCUCUCACCUGAGCAGCGCUGGCAGCCAUCGUGCAUUCAAGCCACCAGAGCUAUGAAUCAAAAUGCCGUUUGGGGCUUCAACAGGCUCCAGAAACG